AUGGAUGAGAGUAAUAUUCCUAUAGACAUCAAUAUUGGAAAGCUGCAAGAUUGGUUAGUCAGUCGACGUCACGUAAACAAGGAGUGGCAGAAGAAUAUCAUUGGUGUUCGAGAGAAAAUAAAUAAUGCUAUUCAAGAUAUGCCAGCACAUGAAGACAUAGCUGCUUUAUUAUCAGGCAGCUAUAUUAAUUAUUUUCACUGUAUAAAAAUUAUAGAAAUACUCAAAGAGACUGAGGCAGAUACUAAAAAUUUGUUUGGUAGAUAUGGGUCACAAAGAAUGAAGGAUUGGCAGGAUGUGGUGAAGAGUUACGAGAAAGAUAAUUUGUAUUUAGCCGAAGCUGCACAGAUGUUAGUGAGAAAUAUAAAUUAUGAAAUUCCUGGGUUGAAAAAACAAAUUGCUAAAGAAGAACAAAUUCAAACUGAAUGUGACAAAAAACAUGCAGAUUACUUAAAAAAUGAGGCAUCUAGUAAAACAGAAUUUUUAAAUUCAUGCAAACAACUUGGCAUUAAAGGAGAUAAAAUUAAAAAGGAAUUAGUCGAAAGAUUACAGGAGUUACCAGAAAUAUAUGAUAAGAUAGGGAAAUCACUGAAGCCACUCAAACCGGCUAUAGAGCUGUACAGUGCUUUCGUUAAGUACAUUCUUGGAGAAGCAUCAGAAGUUCUCCCUUUACUCCAAUAUGUGGUUGAACAUGGCAACACUACUGUUUAUGAGUGGACAUAUGGAGAGCCACCGUUGAGUGUUGAACCAGAUCCUAUUCAUAUUGAAGUGGAAGACGAACAAGGGGCUGGAGAUCAGAUUGAUUUUGGAGAUAAUGAAAUAGAUUUUGGGGCAGAUGCGGCUGGUGAAAUAGACUUUGGUGACGGAGAUGGGGGCGGGGAGAUUGAUUGGGGUAAUAUUGACGCUGCUGGGGAUGAAAAUGUAGCAGUAGAUGUAGCGGCCAUAUCGUUAGAAGAGUCGGGCAUCGUGGUAGAGGAACAGGGCUUGGGCGGAGGGGUAGCGAGAGGGAAGGACGCACUCACACUCUUAGAUAAUACACUCACUAGGAACCAGUUCAUUGAUCAACUGGUCGAGCUAGAGUCUUUCCUCAAGAUGCGUCUCUACGAGACAAACGUGUCGUCAGACAGCCUCAGCUUCUCACUGUCAGAGCAGCUGCCGUCCGAGAGUGUGGCAGCAUUGGCCGCCAUGCAGGAAGCCGUGCAUGCUGCUGCAUCAGCUCUCACCAAGACGGAGAUCACUCAUCUGCAUAAUGUGAAACACUCGCCCAGAUACGUGGACGUGCUGACAGCACAGCUCCAACAGAAGCUGGCCCUGUGCGCCAAGCUGUCGGCGCGCGCGGCGCGCGAGACUGAGCGCCGCGCCGCCGCCGCCGCGCGCGCCGCCGCCGCGCGCCCGCAGCUGCAGCGGAUUGUGGACCGCACUAAGGAGCUGCAAGCUAAUAUUGAAAGUGAAAUUUCAAAGAAAUACAAAGGUCGACCCGUCAAUAUUAUUGGUGGAGUGAAAUUCUUA